CACCAAGUCUGUUUAUACAGUCAAGGCUUCAGACCAAGACGCUGCAGUCCACCAGCAGAGCAAAGGCUGCACAUUUAACUGCAUUUUGGAUUCAAAAAGGUUGGGUGUCAGAUUUGUCUUAAAGCUGAAGUUGUUUUAACUUUAUUUAUAAACUUCACUUAUUGGUAGCUGAUUUACGAUACAAUGGAUCUCAUUGUGUUGGUGGCAUUCAGCUCCUGGCUGGCUCCUGCAUUUGCGUCGGCAGCAGAUUAUGACAAAGACCAUGACAGUGCUUUUCACUAUGAUUAUGAAUCUCUGCGAAUCGGUGGGAUGGUGUUUGCAGUCGUUCUCUUCCUCCUGGGUAUUUUUCUGAUAGUCAGCAGAAAGUGUACAUGUUCAAGGAGUGACAGAUCAAGAUCUCGUCAUCCGGAAGUGUAAUGGCCUAUUUAAAGAGGUUAUCAAACGCCGCAGAAAAGGUUGACGGAUUGUCACCACUAGAUGGCAGCAAACGGUGUGAUCACAGCACGGGAUAGUCUUUCCAUAAAUAUGUAGUUUUUAAGACACCACAAUGUUACCAUUUCUUUCUUUUUUAUGUUUUUCUCAUAGGUAGUUUUACUAGAUGGUGUCAUAAUGUAUUGCAUGAGCAUCUGUGCAAUUUUCACAUGUAUUUGUGCAACUUUGAUUCUACAAAAUAAAUCAAUUUUGAAAUGAUAA